AGCUCUGCGCACACAGUACUACUGGCAGUGGUCCCUUCGUUGUCUUUUACGGUCUAAUCCUCUAUUCCACGUGGCGACACUUGAUUGGCGGCUCUUGCAGUUAUUGACACCCAGCGCAGCGGUGGAAUCUGCUCUGUCUCUCUCCGUGUUGAGGUGAGGUUAGUUGCUUCUCAUUUAUUUGCCUUUCGAUUUCUGCUUCUUCCCCGAUCUCGAAUCCAAAUCCAGCUCUUUUUCAAGAUUUCGUGGCUGGCUGGCUGGAUUGAUUGUUGGGGGCUGUGUGGCUUAAAUUUGAUCUAUCGAUCGAGAUCGAUUUGUCUGUCCAUGGCAGGCGAAGCGGAUCUGAAUUUAAUUAGGGUUUUUAAUUGAAGAAGUUCUUUCUUCUCCUCAAAUGCUCCUUGUUUGUGUAUUCGGAAUUUUGUGGCUUCAAUUGGCGGUUUCGAGUUCGGGCAAUGGAGAUUUAUCGGCUAGGGAGCUUGAUUCGCUGCUGCAAGAGUAUGCUUUCGAGGCGCUUGUCAGACCAAAGACGGGCAUUGUCUAUGACGGUGAAGUUCCGGCUAAUUUGACGGGGAUUAAAGUGGCAGCGCUGCGGCUGAGGAGCGGCAGCCUGCGGCGGAGAGGUGUGGUCAGCGGUUACAAGGAGUACCGGCUUCCGAUUGGUGUAGUGGAGCAGCCGUACGUGACUAGAGUAGUUCUGGUGUACCACAAUUUGGGGGAUUUGUCGUCUAUGUACUAUCCUCUGCCGGGAUAUACUUUUUUGGCGCCGGUUUUAGGGUUGCUCGCCUAUGAUGCCUCCGAUUUGUCCGCCAGGAACCUAUCGGAGCUUGAUAUCCGCGCCGCCGGCGAUCCUAUCGCCGUCGUGUUUCCCGCCGUCCGAUCGGACGGCUACGCGUCGCCCCCGAUGUGCGUCCAGUUCGGAUUAGACGGUUCCGUAGGGUUCGAGAAUGUCGUCAAUGGCAGCACUUGCUUAACUACCAGUCAAGGCCAUAUUUCAAUUGUUGUCGCGUCGCCGCCUUCUCCGGCGCCUGCUCCGGCUCCUGGCGGUGGAGGUGGAACCGCGGCCGGAAGCGGCGGGGGAAAGACGAGUAGUAAGAAAGUUUGGAUUAUCGCCGGUUCGAUCGUGGGCGGCGGGGCGUUGUUGGUUGCUCUGUCGGUUCUAUUCUUAUCCUUGCGGCAAUGUAGCCGCCGGAAGAAGAUCCGGCGGAUGGAAAUAGCGUCGGAGGCCGGAAUUCCUCUUCCGAUGACUCCAGUGGGGUCGACGAAGGCGCCGGUGGCGUCGGAGACGCGGACGCGGCCGUCGUUGGAGAACGAAUUUGUGCCCUAGCCUUUCUUUGAUUGGGAAAAAAUCGAAGAAAAACCAACAUUUUUCUUGAUAAAUUUUUUUCCAUUCAAUUUAAUUUGUUCUUGGAAAACAAUAUAAAAAAAUAUAUUAUUUAGUGAGAAAUAUGAUUCCAUUGAUCCA